GGAGUUGGUUAGUGCUUCACCAUGGCUGGCUACUCUUGUAUUAUUAUUCUCUUUGCCACACAGUUUGGGAUUUCUGCAGUAUCAGCCGUAUAUCAUCCAAACCACAGAUAUAAUUUUGAGUCUGAGGUCCUUACAAUCGCAAAAAAUGAAAGCGGAAAUGAAUACAAAUUCAAUCUUAGCAUGCUUAACCACAUAAAUCCAUCAAAUCAAUUCUCAAGUCAGCUAAGAAGCCCACUCAGUAAAGAAUCCCCAGAAGAGCAAGCCGAUUCAGAAACUGAAGCAUCUGAGAGAAAAUUCAUGAUUCAUGGUGGUCAGCGGUAUUCAAAAAUAUCCCCAAAAGGCAAACGGAGGUUUGAGAAUUUUGUCACGCCAAAGACAGAAGGCUCCAAAAAAGGUUACGAAGUAACAACAAAAAAGUUUGUAGAUACUGAACCAGAGAAUGAUAUCACAUCUUCGGCUUUAAACGUGGACAAUGAUGUUGCGAUAGCCUUGGAUGAAGACAUCGAUCAAGAAGACGAGCCGGAGACCUCGCGUCCUGGGAAGGUGUAUCUGGACAGUUAUGGCAGACUUCAUGGAGGUACCAGUCACAGAGGUCAUGGGUUUGGUUAUGGAGUCGUACACUCAAAGAAACCUUCACACCACCACACCACUGGGAGAGUCAAGAUGCAGGUAUUCCGAGGACCAACAAGGAUUGUGGGUCACAAGAAAUUCGCCCCGUGGGGAUAUUUUGUCGUGCAGCCAGCGGACAACGGAGGACCUCAUCAGUACCCUGGACCGCCUUACUACUACUGACUCUACAAGGAGUGGAAAUCUGCGAUAACAACUAAAGUAAUAAUGAAGAGACAUACCAUGUUUAAAUGGUUGCAGUUGAUAGAAGUCUUGCCUGAAUGCGAAAUAGCCAAUCUUGACACGAGUAUCACAAAAACUGUUCUCCGUAGCGUUAAAAUUUACACAAUAAACCAGCUUUUGGAUGUGUAAAAAAUGUGUUUCUUGUACCAGGAUGGCAUAAAUUAGGGUGUGACUGCUAUCUCAAACUAAAAAAAGGUAUCAGUUUAAAAAUUUCUACAAAAUUUUCA